UCUAAUAGUUAUAUCGUUCUUGCACAUGAAUCUAGACGCCCUAGUGGUUAUAGGCCCUUUUUGCGCUUAUAGCCGGUGCUUCAGAAGAUCUAUAGUGUCUUUAUUCCGAUAAAAUCUCUUCCGCAUUACCUACCUACAUACCUAGAAUAUCAGUGUCAGCCAUAUCCUCGUUGCUAUGUCUUCCCAAACAGCCAACAACAAAUCGCAGGCGGGUCCUAAGCUCACGAGAAAGUCGGACUACCCCGCAUGGAUUGCAGCCCUUCAGUUUUUCGCCCUCUCACGAGGCACUUGGGACGAGAUCAACCUAAUAAUGCCGAACCCCGCAAAACCAAGCAGAAAGUUCGUCUCCGCUGCUGAUAUCCCUACCUACGAGACAGCCCGUCAGGAGCUAGUUGAUCGCGCCAAAAAAAGGGUUGAGGCCUGGGAAAAGGAUAUAAGCCCCAGCAAGGGGAAACGCCCGAUCACUGAACCUACCGAGGGUCAGAUCUAUGCCCAGCUCGACACUGCCCUGAAGCAGUUCAAAAUAGCAGCGUCUAUCUCCGCCGAAGAAAGAGCCAACUACAAGGAGACGGUGGACUGGAUCCAGAACACAGUCGACCCAGAAAUCAUGAGCUCAAUACAGAAAAAGUGUAGAAACGAGGGCGAUGUAUCACUUCGAAGUGUCCUCCGAAUGAUCCACGCCCGUCUUGCUCCAUCCGUGAUGGAACCGAUGAUCAGGGAUCAUUAUGUCGAAUUCUAGAUACCUAUGAAUGCUGGUGCGGGAUUGAUUAUUCAUGGAGAAGCAAACGCUCCACUGGGUUCUAUUAGGGGAGUAGUCCGUAGUUUGGGACUGCGUUAUGAGUGAGUGAUAGUGGCAGUUAGCUCGCUGGAGGCUCGCUGUAGGUUUGCGGAACAUGGUGGUUUUCUUCAGUGGUUAAGCCCCCUAAGAAGGCUUAAAUUAUAGCGGUUAUGCACUAGAGUUUAGCGGAUAGAUCACUAUUAGGUCUCGGCUUUAGCCUGGACUUAAUACAGUAUGAAGUAAUUGCUUACCUCAUCAUGCACUGGGCAAGGAACUUCCGAACUUUUGAUCCGAACCUUUGUAUAUGUUACAAAGAUGCUCUGAACGACCGCAUUGCUGCCACUGCGAUCUAUGAUUAUGACGUCGAAAACAUUACCGAGAGCCGACUUGUUUUUAAACAAGUUGUCUAGGUACGGGAGAACGACUUGGAGUUAACCGAAGAUGAACUUUUUAGGAAAUCGGACGCGAGUUCCAAUGGAGGAAAUAUUAAAGGAGUUUCCAACGAGUUAGGAGGAUGUCAGAAAAGUACAAAGAAGUGGCCACAUCUCAUCAUUCGGCCCUCGUUCUGGAUAGAUAUAAAAAAGAAGGCCGAGG